AUGCAGAACCAGGAACCUGAGCUCAGUCCCUUGAUCUCUCCGAGCCUCCUGUUGGGGGAUGACCCGGAACACCUGUACCAGCAACUGCGGGCUACCAGUCUACAGGACAAGGAGCCGCUGGGCUCCCCCAGCCUCUCCAAGGUGGGCUCAGAGUACCUGCCCUUCUGCACGCAUGAGCAGCCCCUGGCUAUGGAGGAGCUGGCCCAGCUGGCUGAAGUCGGUCCAGGCCACGAAGCUGGCUGGAGCAGCAGAGGGGCUCUGUUCCUCGAGGACUCAGCGCCACCCAGUGGCUUCUUCCCGUACUACCGUUCCCAGGAAGAGCACUUGGCCAGUGCCACCACCCAUCAAGGCUGCUGCUGGUGUCUGGGCUCCAGAGACUCCUUUCCAGGAAGGGAGACACAAGAUGGCUGCCACAGAGUGAUAGCCAGAGAUGGAUGCCUUUCUCCCUUGGCAGGCCCGGACCUCAUCUCUGGGUUUUCACGCUCACCCACCUGCUGCUGCUGCUUGGGAGGGCCCGUGUGUGAUGACGACCAGGACCCCCCUCUCGCCAGACGCCAUGUUCUUGGUGCCUCGGGAUUUGUACCAUACUACAGAAGCCCUGAAGAGAGGCUACGCACCAGCCCUGUGCUCUCCUCCUCUGUCCCAGGGAGCUCAUGGGAGUGA